ACUGCAAGAACAAAUGGGAUAUUCAUCAGGAGUCUGUUAGUGCCAAGGAGCCUCCCAGAGGAGAAUGAGUCUGGCGAUCUUCUUUAUAAAGCCCAGGCAGCCUCUGUGCUACUGAGUCGCACUGGGAUCGCUGCUGCUGCUGCUGCUCAGACAUGAACUGCUUCCCUGGCUCCCUCCUCCUCCUCCUUCUGCUGCUGCUGCCAUAUGGCAUCUCAGGGCAGCAACCCAAUGAGAGGCAGACUUUCACAUGCGGGGGAAAUCUGACGGGUGAUACUGGGGUGCUAGGAAGUGAGGGAUUCCCUGGAGUUUACCCUCCAAACAGCAAAUGUACGUGGAAAAUAACGGUACCAGAAGGCAAGGUGGUUGUCUUGUCAUUUCGCUUCAUUGACUUGGAGAGCGACAACUUGUGCCGUUACGACUUUGUAGAUGUAUAUAAUGGGCAUUCCAAUGUGCAUCGCAUUGGGCGCUUCUGUGGCACCUUUAGGCCCGGCGCUCUUGUAUCUAACAGCAACAAGAUGUUGGUCCAAAUGAUUUCAGAUGCCAACACCGCCGGAAAUGGUUUCAUUGCAGUGUUUUCUGCUGCAGAACCCAAUGAGAGAGGAGAUCAAUACUGUGGUGGACGACUGGAUAAACCUUCUGGGUCUUUCCAAACUCCCAACUGGCCAGAAAGGGAUUACCCUGCAGGAGUCACCUGUUCAUGGCACAUUGUUGCCCCCAAACAUCAGGUCAUAGAGCUGAAGUUUGAAAAGUUUGAUGUAGAGAGAGACAAUUAUUGCCGAUAUGAUUACGUGGCGGUAUUCAACGGUGGAGAAAUCAAUGAUGCAAAAAGAAUCGGGAAGUUCUGUGGCGAUAGUCCACCCGCGCCCAUUGUUUCUGAGCGAAAUGAACUCCUCAUCCAGUUCUUGUCUGAUCUCAGUUUAACCGCUGAUGGCUUUAAAGGCCAUUACAGAUUCAGGCCUAAAAAGUUACCUACAACCACAGUGUCUCCUGUCACCACCCCUGCCACUACAACGUCAAGUCUGAAACCAACACUUGCGCUUUGCCAACAGAAAUGCAAACGGACGGGGACGCUGGAAAGCAAUUACUGUUCCAGUAAUUUUGUUAUAACGGGCACGAUUAUCACAACUGUGAGCAGAGGUGGCAGCGUUUAUGCAACCGUGUCCAUUAUAAAUGUAUACAAGGAAGGAACGCUGGCAAUCCAGCAGGCAGGCAAAAACAUGAGUGCCAAAAUCACCGUGGUUUGUAAGCAGUGUCCAAUGGUCAGAAGAGGAUUGAAUUACAUCAUCAUGGGUCAAGUAGAUGAGGAUGGACGGGCAAAGGUUUUACCCAGCAACUACGUCAUGACCUUCAAAACCAAGAAUCAGAAGAUACUGAACACAUUAAAAAACAAGAGAUGUUAGAGCUUUAUCUAUAUGUCUUUCUCUGCAAAUGUGACUGUACUUCCCAAACUUGGAUGAAGAUUGUUUGGAUUUCAAGAGUAAAGUCAGCCGCACUGGGUUGUGCUUUCAUUAUAGGGCAAGUGGAGCAUAUUUAAUGCCAGUUUUUCCAACUGAGAUCCAGUCUGAACUGUUCUAGGUUCUGGCUAAUUUAAUCUCUUUUUUUUGGCAGGGGGAUUUAUUCAGUUUUAAAAUAAGGAAUGGUAGAAACAAAUAACAAAAAACACAUAUUUCUAAGUCUCUCAUUAACUGCAGGAUGUACAAUGUGUGGCUCAUGGUUGUAACGGUAGAGAUGGCGCUGUCACACUGGCUGCUGGGAAUUGUAGUUGGAAUACAGAGACACAAGCUGCAGAGGCAUGUACCCUUUCUUAGGUUAACGCUCAAUGAUUCCCUUAAUUAUUUAUAUUAAAAAUCAUUAUUUUGAUGAUGGGAGAGUAAUGUGGUGAUGUAACAUAAGGAAUUUAAAGUGCAAUAUUUAUAAUAUUUUUAGAUUUUCUUCAGUGGAGCAGGUUCUUUUUUUUAAUUUUUUUUUUAUCUACUGACGGUUCGUGUGUGUAACCUAUGCUUAAUAAAAUCAGUAUAUGAAUA